AUGAGAAAUGAUACGGUCGCUGAGUUCAAUGAUAGAGUUCUACAAGAAAUUCAAGGUGAAAUGCACACCUGCUAUUCAGCUGAUACAGUUGACAGCGGAAAUUCAGACGAGAACACGAACUUGCUACCUCCAGAAUACCUGCAGAGUCUAAAUCCUUCUGGACUCCCACUGUCUAUUCUCAAACUAAAGGUGGGGGCACCAAUCAUUCUACUCUAUAAUCUAUAUCCAAAGCAGGGUCUCUGUAAUGGAACCCGUAUGACGGUGACAAGACUUGGUAGACGGUGCAUCGAAGCUAAGAUUCUGGAUGGUGAGUUUGAUGGCGAGCCAAAGGUUAUUCCACGCAUCCAGCUAUCCUCCGCUGAGGGUGACCUACCUUUCAUCAUAAUAAGAAGGCAGUUACCCAUUCGACUUUGCUUUGCGGUGACCGUUAAUAAAUCGCAAGGUCAAUCGUUAGAUGUCGUUCGGGUUGACUUGCGGUCUGAUUAUAACGUGGGUCUAUGGACGAGAGACUAUAGUGUCAAGGAAUACAACCGAGGCGAGAAUGUAGUAGAAGAUGUUUGUGACUAUGGACUAUGGGGUGGUUCAAUCCUGAUCGGAGAUCCAAGAUGA